AUGGUGCUAAAACGAUUAUUAUUGCGUCGAGGAGUUGCAACAAAAGCUUCUACAAUGCGCGCAUGGGUUUCCGAUGGUUGUGGAAUCGAAUUGCGGACAAUAUCGAAGCCAAUCAUCACAAAGCCUUCUCAAGUGUUGUUGAAAGUAAAGGCGAGCAGUGUGAAUCCUCUUGAUGUUGAAAUGUCUCAAGGGUACGGUCGUGAACUUCUCACCAGAUGGAAACAGUUGGCAGCAUGCGAUCCAGCCGUCUCACACUUCCCCGUUAUUCCCGGUCGUGAUUGCUCAGCCGUGGUGGAAGCCGUCGGUGGAAACGUGCAUAAUAUUGCACCCGGCGAUGAAGUGAUUGCCGUGAUUCCAGUCGUCGAUCAAGGAACACAUGCCGAAUAUGUUGUUGCAGAUUCGAAAUUCUGUUCGAAGAAGCCUGAAAGACUUUCGUUCGAAGAAGCAGCCGCUCUUCCAUAUGUGGCCAGUACCGCCUACGCUGCACUCCGAGUUGCUCAAGUGUAUCCAGAAAAUGCAAAUGAUCAACGAGUAUUGAUUCAUGGAGGCUCUGGAGGCGUUGGAUCCGCCGCAAUUCAGCUUCUCAAGGCUUGGGGUUGUCAGAAGAUCGUCACAACAUGUUCAAAAGACAGUUUCGAAUUAGUCUCGAAAAUUGGCGCAAUUCCUGUCGACUAUUCUUCACCAAAUGCCACCCAAGAUCUCGUCGAUAAUGGCCCCUAUGAUGUGGUUUUCGACACUGUUAAUUCAGAAUUGGCGAAAUGGAGUGAUAAUGUGAUGGGAUUCUGGCGAAAUUCAGUUCAUGUUUCGAUAGUCUCACCGCUUCUACGCGAAAUUGAUAAGAAUGGUUUUGUUAUUGGGCUUUUUAGCACCGCUCUCCAACAUUUCGAGCGUUCAUUCCAGAGUCACUUGCGCGGCCGCUGGUUCACCUACGCAUUCUUCGUGCCAAGCGGCAGUUUAAUGAGGCAGCUGACGAAACUGACAGAGGAAGGAAAAAUGCAGCCAAUUGUUCAGCGCGUGAUGAAAUUCGAGGAGAUGGAAAAAGCGUAUGAGAAGGUGUCGGAGUUGCGAGGCCGCGGCAAAACCGUUAUCAAUGUCCCUCCUCUUCCCGCCUCGGACGUCGUGCGCGGAAUUUCGCUUUCGGGCCAUUCGAAUGCGUCGAUCACUUGCCUGAUGCAUGUCACCCGUCUCUACAGUCGAACAUUGUAUUUACACCCGUUUGCAUUUCUGAUUGUGCCUAUUAUCAUCACCACUGUGGUCCCGAUUGGAAUAUUGUAUUGGUUUCCGAUUCGAUUAUCUCCGAAUGCUGAAGUGGGAUUCGACACCAAAGACACGGCACUUUCGGGUCCACGACUUGCAUGGGCUCGGAUUCAGCCGCUGCUCAUGUUCACAAAUCGCAUAUCGUUCUCGAACCCGCGCGAGAUUCCGCCCAACACGCAACAACCAUCAACGAAGCCGAUCGUGCGACGAGUUCGUCGAAGUUGGGCCGACAAUCUGCUGCAGGCAAUCAACCAGGUUGCCUGCUACGACGCACCCAUCCCAUUAAUGGACCACUUAUCGCAAAUCGUGCUCGAAGUCGACCACUACGAUGACAUUUUUGAUUUGAAUUUCCUCGAAAAACUCUGCGCUAUGCAAUCGGACAUCGCGAAACCGCUCGCCAGAUUCGAUUCCUUUACGCCAUAUCGAAACAUCUGGAGUGUCGCCAAUAUGUUUGCUUGUAUUUCGCCAAAUUUGAGGGUGAACUGCACCCAACUUGAUGAGACGGAUAUUAAACUAGUACGCGAGGUGGUUGAUGAUUGUUGGAAACAUCGAGAUGAGAUCCUCGAAUGUCGCAGCGAGAAAUGCAAUGGAGUUUGUGAGGCGUGUAAAGAGGUUCCAUCUUCGUGCUCGACACAAAUAAUAUUCGAUUUAUUCUACCGCAUUCUGCCGAAGCAUCGCGAGGACUCUCCAUUUCUUGUGAAUACCUUCCUGCCAGUUUUCACACUUACUGGAUACAUCACACAGCAAAUACCAGUUGAUGUGCUACUCUAUGAUGAACUGGAGAACGGGAUAAUGGAAUUCACGAAGAAAAAGGAAUUUAAGCUUAAAGGUCUCUUAAUGGAUGUAAAACGGGAUCGUCUUCUGACUGCUGCUCUCAAAGAUUCGCUUCUCGCCCUUCUCGCUGCUUUUCUCGUCAUGCUCGUCGUCGCCAUCCAUUCGCAAUCCCUUCUUUAUGCCUUUGUGGUCAUCCUAUUGCUCGGAUUGUCCGUCGUCGGAGCACUCGGAGUCUACAGCUUCUUCACCGACGAGUUUCCCCUAUUGAACUUGGUCACAUUCGUUCUACUCAUCGCAAUUGGAUCUGAUGACGCAUUCCUGCUGCGGACAAAUUUCCCGAAGCAUUUAAAUGAAGACACAUUCCACGAGUUCCUAAUGCACACCUCGUUCACGAUGUUUCUCACAUGUUUCUCAACCGUUGUUCCGUUUUUCAUCAAUAUCACUUCAAAUGUCAUCGUAUUCCGUUGUUUCGGGUUAUUCGCCGGUGUUACCGUCAUCUUCAAUUAUUUCCUCGUCGUCUCAUUCCUUCCGGCGUUUCUUCUUGUCCAGCAUCGUCAUCUCGACUGUUUUCCGUCGCCCAAGGUCCCACUGCGAUCCACGUUGUCCCAUCUCAUGUACGUUCUUCUCCCACAUGUUCUGGUUCAGGGCCGAUUUUUGUUCAUGGCUCUUCUAAGUGUGGUUGCGAUUGGUGGCGCUGCGAUCACCUACGAAGGCCUUCAUCUUCCGGAGUACAAUCCAUUGCAACUGUUCACGUCGGAUAAUCUGCACGAGUGGUACGAUAACAACGCCGAGCGUCAUUUCGAGUUUGUCGCCCACAAAAUCGCACUUCCGUUGACGUCGCGACUCGUUUGGGGCGUCGAACCGAUCCAUUCAACGUCGACGUUCCGAGCGAACGCGACCACUCCAUUGAGGUCGGAUCCCUUAUUUGGAUUGCGAACUCCUUCCGAUGUUCGAAAAUUGGCAAACGAAUUGCGAAAAGUGCGACGAUUGCCGUUCAUCGAACAUCCGCACAAAUUUUGGCCCGAACGAUUUUUGGAAUGGUCCGAUGACUUCCCAUGCGCUGAAGGAUUCUUGUGUUGCAACAUGACGAAUUCGCUCUUCUCAAACACAUAUUUGGAUUUUUGCCUUCGCAAUUCAACUUCUUAUCUUCCGACGUCUUACAACGACACCCCGAUCUUCGACAACGAGACGUUUGCGCUUGUUGGAUACACGGCGAUGCUGCCGACGCAUCUCAAAUACAAUCAUCGAUUCGCUCUUCUCUCCGACGCCUUCAAUCUUCUUGAGAAGACGAAACCCGAUGAUGGCUGGUGGGCGCCCGAAUGGUGGCUCAUGUCGACCUGGUUCGAUCUUCUCACCUCGAUCGUCGCUGAUUGCCAGAGUUCCGUCAUCGGCUCUCUCGUCUUCGUCGCCAUGUUCGCAUUCAUUCAAUUGAAGUUCCAAGCUGUUGCAGCCGUCGUCACAAUCGCGUGCGUCAUCUGCACGUCUUCGGCAAUCGUGACAAUGCUCGGCUGGGUUCUCGGAGUGCUCGAAGCAGUCAUUCUCGUCCUCGUCGUCGGAUUGUCGUUUGAUUACACUCUCCAUUAUGGAGCCGCUCUUCCAGAUAACGGCUGUUCGGAGCACCGGAUUCGAGAAGCGACGGCUCGCGGAGUCGGCCCGGUCACUCUCGCCGCAUUCACCUCAUUCCUCGCCGGCGCUUCAAUGCUUUUCGCCAAGACGCACGCAUUCUACCAAGUGGGAAUCUUCCUUGUCGUCAUUUCCAUAACGAGUUGGACAUUCUCGACGUUCUUCUAUCUUCCAAUGCUUUCGAUGACACUCCCGCGUCUUUCGAAAACGUGCAAUUUCUGCGACAAGUCGUCAAAUCUAAUGCAGUUGCACACAAACCAUCGGCUUUAA